GAGGCUCGCGGCAGAGCUGGGUCCGAAUUUCCAGUCAAAGCGCGAGGUGGCUGGCGGCGGCGGACCGAUGGUCCGGCCAAGAAAAUAGCCAUUCACACCAGAAAAGGCGUGUUAUGCCGACGCAAAGAGAAGGAGAAAUGUUAAAAGAGGAAUGAAAGACACUGAUUAUUAGAUGCGAUCCCCCCUACCCUCCCCACAACUAUCAUUUAACACUCGCUGAGGGGGGGCAGCGCCUCCAUUUCCAUGCCAAACAUGGCGGCUGGCAGCCGCGGCGGCCGAGUCGGCUUCUUCCUGGGCGCCUGCUGCUGCUGCCUGCUGCUGCGGGGCUGCGAGGCGACGGCGGAGGGGGAGGAGGCGGGCACGGUCAUCAUCGGUCUGCGGCUGGAGGACACGGACGACGUGACGAGCAUGGGGGGAGGCGUGGUGCGGGUGAGCGAGCGCACCCGGGUCCGGCUGCGGCUCUACGGCCGCCACAUCGACAACAGCACCUGGAGCCGCAUCGGCUUCACAGAGCACCGGCGCACGGCGGCCGACCGCGCCUUCGACCCGUGCGGCGUGCGCACCUCCGACAUCGUAGUGCUGCCCGGCGUGGCGGUGAGCCGCCGCAGCACCGGGGUCAUCGAGAUGGAGAUCAAGCCGCUGCGCAAGACGGAGAAGACCAAAGCCUAUUACCUGUGCACGGCGGCGGGCCGGGCGCCCGAGCCGGCCGACUGGCUCUACCACGACGCUGAAGACACCAUGGUAGUGGUGGUGGAGGAGAGGAAGUUUCUGCUGCCCUUCUGGCUGCAGGUCAUCUUCAUCUCGGUGCUACUCUGCCUGUCGGGCAUGUUCAGCGGCCUCAACCUGGGCUUGAUGGCUCUCGACCCCAUGGAGCUGCGCAUCGUGCAGAACUGCGGCACCGACAAGGAGAAGAACUACGCCAAGCGUAUCGAGCCGGUGCGGCGCCAGGGCAACUACCUGCUGUGCUCGCUCCUGCUGGGCAACGUGCUGGUCAACACGACCCUCACCAUCCUGCUGGACGACAUCGCCGGCUCGGGCGUGGUGGCCGUGGCCGUCUCCACCGUAGGCAUCGUUAUCUUCGGCGAGAUCGUGCCCCAGGCGAUCUGCUCCCGGCACGGCUUGGCCGUGGGCGCCAACACCAUCGCUCUCACCAAGUUCUUCAUGCUGCUCACCUUCCCUGCCUCGUACCCGGUUAGCCGGCUGCUCGACGUAAUCCUGGGUCAGGAGAUCGGCACCGUGUACAACCGCGAGAAGCUGCUGGAGAUGCUGCGGGUCACCGACCCUUAUAACGACCUGGUCAAGGAGGAACUCAACAUCAUCCAGGGCGCUUUGGAGCUCAGGACUAAGACGGUGGAGGACGUGAUGACCCCGCUGCGAGACUGCUUCAUGAUCGCCUGCGAGGCGAUCUUGGAUUUCAACACUAUGUCCGAGAUCAUGGAAAGCGGUUACACCAGGAUCCCCGUCUACGAGGGCGAGCGGUCAAACAUCGUCGACUUGCUCUUUGUCAAGGACCUGGCCUUCGUGGACCCCGAUGACUGCACACCUUUGAAGACCAUCACCAAAUUUUACAACCACCCCUUGCAUUUCGUUUUUAACGACACUAAGUUGGAUGCGAUGCUGGAAGAAUUUAAAAAAGGUAAAUCUCAUCUGGCAAUAGUACAGAGAGUGAACAAUGAAGGAGAAGGGGAUCCAUUUUACGAGGUGCUUGGAAUUGUCACACUAGAGGAUGUAAUUGAAGAAAUUAUCAAAUCAGAGAUCCUGGAUGAGACUGAUUUAUAUACGGAUAACAGAACCAAAAAGAAAAUUACACAUCGUGAAAGAAAACAAGAUUUCUCUGCCUUCAAACCAACAGACAGUGAAAUGAAGGUCAAAAUCUCACCACAGCUACUAUUAGCAACACAUCGUUUUCUAGCAACAGAAGUGGAGCCAUUCAGUCCAACGCAGAUGUCAGAGAAGAUCUUGCUGAGGCUGCUCAAGCAUCCUAAUGUCAUUCAGGAAAUGAAAUUUGAUGAGAGAAACAAAAAAGCCCCGGAACAUUAUCUCUUCCAUCGGAACAAACCUGUAGACUAUUUUAUUCUAGUUUUGCAGGGAAAAGUGGAGGUGGAAGCUGGGAAAGAAGUAAUGAAGUUCGAAGCAGGCGCCUUCUCCUACUAUGGCAUGAUGGCUCUCACAUCCUCUCCAGUUCCCUUGUCUCUGUCUCGUACUUUUGCUGUCAGCAGAACAGAAUCAUUGGCUGGCUCACCAGAUAAUCGUUCUCCACCUCGAACAUGUGGCUUAAACCAUUCUGAUUCACUGAACCGGGGCGAUCGGAUUGAUUCAAUAGCAUCGCAGAUAGGGAGUAACAACAGUCAACUAAACUCAUUGCUACAAAUGUAUGUUCCAGACUAUUCAGUGCGUGCUCUGACUGACUUACAGUUUGUAAAGAUUACAAGACAGCAUUAUCAGAAUGCCCUGAUGGCAUCCAUCAUGGAUAAAACUCCACAGUCGUCAGACAGUGAAAACACUAAGAUUGAAUUGACUUUAAAUGAGAUGCAUGAUCACUUACCUGAUGAAACAGCAAAUCUACUCAAUGAGCAGAAUUGUGUGACUCACAAGUCAAAUCAUAGCAUGCACAAUGAAGGCAAAAUAUAGCAUAGCGACAGAGCUGCUCACUAGCUUACUGUUCUGAGAACUGCUGUGUUGUGUAUGCAGGCACAUGCAAGCACACAUGUCCACUGUCAUGAGACCAAAGAGAUGUGCCUCGGCACAAGAAGGUGAACGAAGAAUGACAGAGGUGGUUGAGUUGAACACUAUAAACAACUGCCAAGAUUCAGACAGAUCCUCUGCACACUGGUGGCUUGUUAUCCUUCUUUAUGUUCAUGUUUUCUUUUGAUUUUCCUUGCACAAAAGGAGAAUGGUAAAUGUUGGAAAGUAGUAUAAAGCACCACAUUCUGGCUGGGAAGAGAAAUGUGUAUUUUUUUAAAUGACGACCCAUUGAGAUUAAGUGUGAGACUGUAAAAUUUGUUUUAAAUUAUGGCGUGUGAUUUAUGAUGGUCAUUGAAGGUGAAUGUUCGGAAUUUUGAAAAUGCUUCCAUUUCUCCAGCUUAAUUUAGUAGGUGUUUGACAUUUUAAACAUCCAUUGUAUUAAAUGGGAUGUUACUGCAUAUUCUAUCCCAAAAGAGUUGGGGUUGCUGGGCAUUUAAAUUGUAACUUGAAAAUGGAAACUUGAUUCCACAUUUGCACAAAACAUCAUUGACUUAAUUGAUUUCAACACUUGUAUGCAAACUGUGAAUAACACUCCAAUAUAUAUGGACUCUAGAACUCCUUUGGAAGAUAUAGUCAUGUCUACAUAGCAGGUAAAUAUGCCAAAUCCACCAAUGGACGAAUGUAAAAAAGGGUUUUUCACAAUUGAGAAACAAGGCUGUAACUGUAAGUGUUCUUAUGGCAGAUAGACUAUCAUUACAUAUUGUUUAAUCAAUCAAAUUUGCAAGUAAAUUGCAGUUUGUAUUAUAUUGUACAAAACUGACUCUGAGGUGAAGUAUUCUGACUACAGUAUUCAUAACUAUGUAUAUAUUAAGCACAAAAAAUCUAUGGAUGAAGUGUAAGUUUCAUAAAAUUGUCAGUUAAAUGACAUUUAUAAUUAACAAUGGUAAAGACUUUGUAGAUUACAGACUAUUUAUUUUGUAUAUGAUUUAUUUGUAUAUUUUGUGAUUUCAUUGUUUUGUUUAUUCUGAUUCUAUCAUUCCAUUUGGUUAAAAUGGUUUUAUUCUAAAUGAUUUUUCAUUCCACUUUGUCCUUCGUGUUAUUUCUCAGUUCAGUAUGCAUUACGGUUUUGUUCUUUCAUAUUGAGUGCCUCUUCACUCUCUCUGUCUCGGUUUCCUUAGAGCAGGUACGACCUGUGCAAUCAUUAAUGGGGCUAAUUAUGGAAAUGGAAAACGAUUAACUUGGCCUGGAGUUGGUUAAUGGAGCUUCUCAUUUUAUACUUCGAAAGUGAAUAACUUUAAUAAAGAAAUGAUUCAUAAUUAAAUGGGCACUGAAUUAUUAUCAGGAUAUGCUUAGGACAAGCAGUUUUUCAUCCAGGAUAGCAGGUAAACAAAGGAAUAUUGACGCUUCUUUAUAUCCAGUCUGCCAGUAUUCUUCACCCCUCAUUUCCUUAACCGUACAUAACCAAAGCCAACCAACACUGGAAAACUUGUAAGUGGAUGAAAAUGGACCAAAGACUCUGUUCAUUGGGGUUGCUUGAAAAUGGGACCUUUGGUGUAUUGUAUACAACUCACAGGUAAAGACACCUAUAUAGAUGAGUGAGGUGUGCUAGGUGCAACUAAUUCUUUUCUUAAAUUUCAGAUGCAUUCUGUUUCUUUUCUCCAGGAGCUACCCAGUUUGUCUGGAACACCAUUCAACUGUCGAUGGCAAUCUUCCCUUGCUACAAGCGGUAGAUAGGAGGUGCAGAAUGGUCAUGGAAUGUACGCAUAGGAAGAGAGUCAAAAUAAAGGAGUUAUAGGAAGUAGUGUGAAGUUAGUGAUCAGAUGUGAUCACACUGCAAUCCAGAGAAUGCAGAAGAGGUUGAAUGGCUUAGACAACAAGACGUAGGAACAGAAUUAAGCCAUGUGGCCAAUUGUGUCUGCUAUUCCAACUCUGAACCCCAUUCUCCUGCCUUCUCCCUGUGACAUUUAACACCCGUACUAGUCAAGGACCUGUCAACCUCUGCUUUAAAUAUACCCAUUGACUUGGCCUCCACAGAUGUCUGUAGUAAUGAAUUCCAUAAGCACAGUCCUGUAUUUCUUAAGCGUGUGUGGGUGUGUGAUGUGUUGCAGCAGACUGCAGUUGAAAGGUGGAGUAGCCACAGCUAUGACAUGGCCCCACCCCUGCCAGUGCUCUCUCUCUCUUCCUGUCCCCCAUGGGUUCCUGACCCUAUGUUGCAAGUCCUGUAACCAAAGUAUGGCUUCUGAUCCAGUAGAAUCAUCAUUAUCAGAAGUAUUGCUGUGUGCAAGACACAGAUCUGAGACCUCUGCUUUUCUCCACUUCCCCGUCUCCUCCUCAGCCCUCUCUGUCCUGUGUUUGGACUUGACAACCACUGUGAAAUAUUUCAAUGCUAUUGAUCUGAAUGAUGGAAAGUUCAAGAGAUUUAGAAUCAAAGUGAUUUUCAGUCAGAUUUCUGUUGUGGGAUUGAGUAUUGUCUUCACAGAGUGGUUAAAUGAAAAUGUGUAGCAGGAGAAGUGCCCCAUGACUAUAACAGAUGGUAAUUGUAUGCAGUAUUGAUUGAACAAUGAUUUUUAAAUCUUCAUUGCCAAGAAAGAUGAAGGGUAAAGUCUGUACGAAAUAUCAAGCUCCCCAACCUACACCCAUCCUCCCCACGGGGUGCAGCAGAAAGGGGACAUGAUCCCUCAUUGUGGUCACACAUAUAAUGUUUUUACUGCAUAAUCACUGUGGAAUGAUUGAAAACCUGUGCUAAUCUCCAGAGUGUAAAAUCACAAAUCAAACCCUGCACUUUUGUAAAUUUUUAAACAUACCCAGAACAAGAGAAAACAUUGUAGCAUUUUGCAUUGGACUGUGAUACAAAAUAGUCGAGAGUUAGACUCUUUCACAGUCAGCAGGAUGAAUCGCAGUGUAAAAGGUGGGCAAAAUCGAAAAGGGUGAAUACAGGACUUGAAGGUGCUAUAUUUGAGUGUGUGCAGUAUAUGGAGUAAGGUAGAUGAACUUGUAAGACAGUUACAGAUUGGCAUGGGGAUCACCGAAUUGUGGCUGAAGGAAGAUUAUAGCUGGGAGCUUAACGUCCAAGGAUACACAUUGUAUCAAAAGGACAGACAGGAAGGGUUUCAUCUCCUAAGUUACAGAGAAAGGUUGAACAAAGUUAGGUCUUUAUUCUUUGGAGGGUAGAAGGUUCAGCAGGGACUUCAUAGAGGUAUUUAAAAUUAUGAGGGGGAUAGACAGAGUUGACGUGGAUAGGCUAUUUCCAUUGAGAGUGGAGGAGAUUCAAACAAGAGGACAUGAGUUGAGAGUUAAAGGGCAAAAGUUUAGGGGUAAUAUGAGGGGGGGGAACUUAUUUACUCAGAGAGUGGUAGCUGUGUGGAACGAGCUUCCAGCAGAAGUGGUUGAGGCAGGUUCGAUGUUGUCAUUUAAAGUUAAAUUGGAUAGCUAUAUGGCCAGGAAAGGAAUGGAGGGUUAUGGGCUGAGUGCGAGUCGGUGGGACUAGGUGAGAGUAAGAGUUCAGCAUGGACUAGAAGGGCCGAGAUGGCCUGUUUCCAUGCUGUAAUUGUUAAAUAGUUAUAAGGCAGGGUGGCGUGGCUCUGUAGGUAAAAAAAAUUAAAUCAUUAGAAAGAGGAGCCAUAGGUGUUGAAUCAUUGUGGGAAGAGCUAAGGAACUACAAGGGUAAGAAGACCCUGAUGAGAAUUACAUACAGACCCCCAAGCAGUAGUAGAGGUGUGGUCUACAAGUUACAAUGGGAGAUAGAAAAGUAUGCCAUAAGGGAAAUGUUACAAUAGUCAUGGGGGAUGUCAAUAUGCAGGUAGAUAGGAAAAAUCAGGGCGGUGCUGGAUCCCAAGAGGGAAAAUUCCUGAAUACCUAAAGAGUUGGCUUUUUAGAGCAGCUUGUUGCUAUUCUGGAAUGGGCGUUGUGCAAUGAACCAGAGUUCAAGAGCUUAAGAUAAAGGAACGCUUAGGGGGAAGAGUGAUCAUAAUAUGACAGAAUUCAUCCUGCAAUUUGAGAAGGAGAAGCUAAGUCAGAUGUAUCAGUGUUACAGUGGACUUCCAGACCGUCGAACACUACCAUCUAGAAGGACGAGAACAGCAGAAACCUGGGAACACCACCACUUGGAAAUCCCCCUCCAAGCCACUCACCAUCCUGACUUGGAAACAUUUUGCUGUUCCUUCAUUGGCAAUAGUUUAAAAUCAUGGUAUUUCUUCCCUAACGGCACUAUGAGUGUCCCUACACCUCAGGGACAGCAGCGGUUCAAGAAGGCAGCACAUCAUCACCUUCUCAAGAGCAACUAGGAAUGGGGCAAUAAAUGCUGGCUAAGCUGGAGAUGCCCACAUCCUGUAAAUGAAUAAGUAGAUAGGAAAUUACAGAAGAAUGAGAGAGGAGCUGGCUAAAAUUGGUUGGGAAAGAACUCUGGCAGGGAUGAUGGCAGAGCAACAAUGGCUGGAAUUUCCAGAAGCAAUUUGGAAGGUGCAGAAUAUAUAUAUAUAUAUAUAUCCCAAAGAGGAAGAAGUAUGCUAAAGGCAAAAUGAAUCAAUCGUGGCCAACGAGAAAUCAAAGCCAAAGAGCGGGCAUGUAAUAGAACAAAAAUUAGUGGAAAGUUAGAAGAUUGAGACUAAAAAAUGUCAUGAAGAAAAGGUGAAAUAUGAAGACAAGCUAGACAAUAGCAUUAAAGAAGGAUAUCAAAGUUUUCUUCAAAUACAUAAAAGGUAAAAGAGAAGCGAGAGUAGAUAUUGGACUGCUGAAUAUGUAGUAAUGCAGGACAAGGAAAUGGUGGACAAGCUGAAUUGCAUCAGUCUUUACUGCGGAAGAAACUAACCGUAUGCCAGAAGUUUGAGAGUGUCAGGGGGAAGAAUUGUGUGAAGUUGCAUUAAUAUGGAGAAAGUUCUUGGGAGAUUGAAAAGUCUGAAGUGGAUGUUGAACCACCGCGGAUGUGGCUGAAGAGAUUAUGGAGGCAUUAGUAAUGAUCUUUCAAGAAUCACUAGAUUCUGGCAUGGGUCUGGAGGACUGGAAAAUUGCAAUUAUCACUUCACUCUUCAAGAAAGGAAGAGAGGUUGAAGAAAGGAUAUUGUAGGCCAAUUAGUCUGACCUCAAUAGUUGGGAAGAUGUUUGAGUUGAUUGUUAGGGAUGUGGUUUUGGGUUACUUAGAGGCACAUAAUAAACUAGGCUAUAGUCAGCAUGGUUUCCUCAAGGGAAAAAUAUUGCCUGACAAAUCUGGUGGAUUUCCUUAAAGAAAUAAGAAGCAAGAUAGACAAAGGAGAACCGGUGAAUGUUGUGUUCUUGGAUUUUCAGAAGGCCUAUGACAAGGUGCCACACAUGAGACUGCUUAACAAGUUAUGAGCUUGUGGUAUUGCAGGAAAGAUUCUAGCAUGGAUAAAAUAGUGGCUGAUUAGCAGGAGGCAAAGUGUGGGAAUAAAGGGAACGGUUUCUGUUUGGCUGCUGGUGAGUAGUGUCCCACAAGGGUCUAUGUUGAGACUGCUUCUUUUUCCAAGUCAAUGACUUGGAUGAUGGAAUUGGUGGCUUUGUGACCAAGUUUAUAGACAAUAGGUGGAGUAGCAGGCAGUUCUGAGGAAGUAGAGUCUACAGAAAGUCUUAGACAUAUUAGGAAAAUGGGCAAAGAAUUGGCAGAUGGAAUAUGGUGUUGGGAAAGUCGUGAAGAAAAUAUGGAAUACAAAGGUAAGCUAGCCAAUAGCAUUAAAGAAAGAUAUCAAAAGUUUCUUCAAAUAUAUAAAGUGUUAAAAAGAUGUGAGAGUAGAUAUCAGACCGCUGGAGAGGUAGUAAUGGAAAUGGUGGACAAGCUGAAUAAGUAUUCCGCAUUUGCAAAAUCAUGCACUUGUAUGCUCAUAGAAGUAUGCACUUUGGUAGAAGAUAUAAAAGCAUUGAUUUUUCUAAAUGAAGAGAAAAUUCAAAAUUCUGAGGUGCAAAGAGUCUUAGGAUUCCUUAUGCAGGAUUCCCUAAAGUUUAAUUUACAGGUUGAGUCAGUGGUGAAUAAGGCAAAUGUGAUGUUAGUAUUCAUUUGAAGAGGACUAGAAAAGCAAGGAUAUAAUGUUGAGGCUUUAUAAAGCACUGGUGAGGCCUCACCUGGAGUAUUUUGAACAGUCUUAGAAAGGAUGUCUGACAUUGGAAAGGGUUCAAAGGAGGUUCAUGAAAAUGAUUCGUGAUUGAAAGGCUUGUGAUGUGGUUAUAUUUAAAGGCUUGUUUUCAUGGUUCUGGGCCUCUACUCACUGGAAUUCAGAAGAAUGAUGGGUGACCUCAUUGAAACCUAACAAAUGUUUUAAAAUCCUCAAUAUAGUGGAUAUGAAGAGGAUUUUUCCUAGGGCGAGGGUUUUUAAGACCAGCAGACACAGCCUCAGAAUAGAGGGGUGUCCUCUUAGAAUGGAGAUGAGGAGGAAUUUCUUUAGCCGGGGUGUAGUGAGUCGGUGGAAUUUGUUGCCACAGGUGGCUGUGGAGGCGAAGUCAUUGAGUAUAUUUAAGGCAGAGGUAGAUAGAUUCUUGAUUAGUCAGGGCAUGGAAAGGAUGCAGGGAGAAGGCAGGAGAUUGGUACUGAUAGAUCAGCCAUGAUGAAAUUAGAGAGCGGACUCGACAGCCAAAUGGCCUAAUUCUGUUCAUGUAUCUUAUGGUCUAAUAUUCUAGUAGUGUGUUAACACAAAAGAACAAGUAUGGAAUUGCACUACAUGGUAUAUGUUCCUUUGCCAGUUUGUACCAUUAUGGAAUCAAUUAGUGCAAUGAAUAUCACUGUAUUCCCUAGUAAGGUAAAAAUCAGGCUGUAAUAAAUAUCCCUACCAGGGGUUCCCAACCUGACAGACACGGACCCUUUGCUUAGUGGUAUUGAUCCAUGGCAUAAAAAAGGUUGUGCACCCCUGCACAAUGUUUCUCAAAAGUGUAGAGUCAAUACAGUAAAUGCCACUGUUUGCACAAUGAGUCUACCAUGUGGAGCAAGACUGCAGAAUAAACUUCGCACAGUACUGCUCAGUGUGAAAUCAGACUGAAUCUUAAUACCAAAUCAUUACAGUAAUGGAGUGGAGAGAAUGGAGGAGUUCUUUGAGGAUAUAUUUAGUGAAGUGGAUGAGGGAGAACUGAUGAAUGUGUUGUAUUUAGAUUUUCAGUAAAGCAUCAAACGGCAGGUGAACAUUAGUGCAUGUGGAACUGGGGUAGCAAAAUGGUGCUGUCUUUUGAUCAGAUAACAGAAAAUAGAAUGAAACAGGUGAAGAUGGAGGCACUCAAAUCCCUCCAUUGAAGUCAUUAGAACUGUGCCAUUUCUCUCUGUUCUCUGUUUCCAUCUUUUAACAGUGAGCUCAUUUUGCACUUACCUACUCAGUCACUUGCUGCCUCUCUUACAGAUUAUUAUUGUAUUCAGUUCUGGUCGCUUCAUUAUAGGAAAGAUGUGGAAGUUUUAGAGAGAAUGCAGUGAUUUACUAGGAUGCUGCCUGGAUUGGAGAGCAUGAAUCUGAUGUCUUAUGAGGAUAAAUUGAGCUUGGGUGAAAGAGGAUAAGAGGGUACUCGAUAGAUCGGGAGAAAUGGCUAAUACGAGGGGAGAAUAAUUUUAAGGAUUUAAAUAUAGGGGGAUGUCAAAGGUAGUUUUUUUUUACAAAGAGAGCGGUGGGAUGAAUGGAAUGUGUUACCAGAGGUGGUGGUAGAGGAGGAUAUGUUAGCGUAUUUAAGAGACUUAGAUAGGCACAUUGAUGAUAGAACAAUGAAAGGUUAUGUGGGAGGUAAGUUAUAUUGAGCUUAGAGCAGAUUAAAAGGUCAGCACAUUGUGGGCUGAAAGACCUGUACUGCAUUUUUGUGUGUCCUCGAGUGUUUUAUCACAUGCAUAAAGUUUCUGCCUUUAGCUUGACGACUUGUCCAUACUAUUUUAAUGGUCAAUAGGCUAUAUUCUUUACCUAACUGUUGUUGGACCUCCCAUGCAGGUGUUUUAUGGGAGUCUCACAAGAGCUUUUUGUAUUUUCUUCCUGCCCUGAUAUUCGAUGGGACAUUGUAAAGGGAGCUCAACUGGUUUCUUCUCUAGCAGUAGGUAUUAAAAAUACAAAAAAAUUGGCCUGGACAUUGAUGUUCGUCUGGGAAGGGCACUGGAUUACCCAAUGCACCAGUGGAUUUUGCAGAGACAGAUGUUAGUAAUAUCUCUUCAGUGCUUUAGGGCAUUUGCUACAGAUAAUCCAAACCUAGAGGGGAGAGAAGAGCAUUGCUGCCUUGUAAACCAUAAAUGGUCUUGAUCUUCAACCACCCUUUUGUCAGAUGAUUUUAUAUUUAUCACAUACAGUGAAAUGCAUCUUUUGUGUUAACGAACAAUACAACCCAAGGAUGUGUUGGGGACAGGCCAUAAGUGUUGCCGCACAUUCUGGCACCAACAUAGCAUACCCACAAUGUUCAACAAAACAACACAAGCAUCAACAGUAAUAGAACAAGGCCCUUUCUUCCCUACUACACACCCACCUUUACACUUACACACACAAAACACUCCACCCCUCCAGCACCUGGCCAGAUUGCCUCCACCUGCCUCACAAGCAUCGGGCCUUUGACUUCACCAUUGGACUCACAAAAUUGCAGACCCAGGGCUAUGACCAUCAGGCUUCUGUUACCCAACUUGCUGACUUUGUCAUCGACUUUCAGUAUCAACCACAGGACUUGCCAAUGGCAGGCCCUGAAUUAUACGCCUCAGACUCUGGACUGGCUGACAUAAUGAUUAAUCAGCUGUUGUGCCUCCCCCUGCAAAGGCCUGCAGCUUGGGACCUGCUGGUUUGAGGAGGGUGGUCACCAGCCC